AUGUCAACUUACAACAGGGUAAUUGGUUUUCCUCUUUUUCAAAAUUAUGAUUGCAUUGAUUUUGCUGCCGUGGAAUCAGUUAGAAAUCGGUUUGGAAACCAAGCCAAUGACAUAGUUCAUUCGACCUUUGAAGUUGUUACCAGUUCCCGUCAGCGACUUCAGUGGUUAUACAGCGGUGGUGUUCGGUGGUUUUACUUCAUUAUUUCCGUUCAUUAUACGCCCAAAGUGUCAGAGUAUUUAUGUGAAGAUUGGACAUCCAUCAAAGCAAGGAUAAUCAUGAAAUUAAAAUUUAUACACUCAUCCUUGGAGUUAACGGGUACUUGGUGUUUUCCCGGUAAGUUUAUCAUUCAAUCGUGUUUCAUCACUGCAACCGUCCGAGACCUCAUCCAACAUCGAAGUGGUUUAGGGUGGAGUAUUUCAUCAGACUCGCGUCAACAGGAAAUUUCUAUGCAGUGGGUAUACAAUGAUUCCAGUUUUUCCUCCUUGAGGUAUCGAAUUUGCUUGGGCAUUUAA